UGCCGCCGUCUCUCUCUCAUUUGUCUUACUCCUCCCCAAUCCUUUUCCUCCUCUCUGCAACCCCACCGCUGGCGUUCUUCUCAUCGGAGAGAUAGGCUCCGGAGAAGCAACCGGAGCACUCAGCCAUGGACAUGCAGGGCUUAUCUGCUAUCUGCGCCGGUCUUGGAGACGUCAAGGAGGACAACAAUGGCAACCGCGUCGGCUACAAGAAGGGCCAGUACUGCCUAGAUAAUUUGAAGGAUCUGCUGAGGUUUCUCCGGCGGGAUGAUCCACAGAGCAGACAGGUUUUCAAGCAAGUCUGCAAAUGGAACACUUCGUCUAAGGACUUGAUACCGAUCAUCGAGCAUUGCCAGGAUGACCGUAAUCUGGUUCUAAAUGCAGUUAAGGUUUUGGUUUUUCUUACUAUGCCCAUUGAGCCUGUGUCUUCUGAUAUUCCCCAGCAGAUAGAAUAUUUGUGGGGAUUGAAGUCUGCAGUUACGUUAAGUGACACUGUUGCGGUGAUAGUUUCACUUCUCGAAAGCUCUCUUGAAAAUUUGGAAAGUGAAGCAUUCACAGAAGAGGACUGGAAAUUGGUGCAACUUGUGCUUACUUUGUUUCGGAACCUACUAGCUGUCCAGGACAUUUCGCCGCAUCAGAAGGCUGCAGGGUCUGCUUGUCAAAUGUUGUCGCUGAGGGAUAAGUUCAUGGAGCUCCUGUUUCGUGAAAAUGUGAUGGAUUUAAUUCUUGUCAUAGCUCCACAUGUCGGAGAGUCUCAUAGCUACCUCCGUCAAGAUAACUUGCUUCUGCUGGAAAUUUUUCAUUAUGCGUUCCUGGGUCAAGAUCCAGACUUGGUUGCGACAGCACGCUUGAAGGGUCUCAAGGGGCAUGGAGACACCAAAUCUUCUCUCAGUAGUCUCAGGUCAAUCAUAAAUGAGGAGAAAGACAAAAGAAGGUCUUCCAGACUACACACUUCCAGUCGACAUUCACAGUUUAGUGGAACAUUUGCACGAUUUACCAUGGAUGGUAAUAAAGCAAUAAUUAAAGGAAACCCUACUCCUGGUCCCUGUGAAUCAUUCCUGAAAUCUGAUAAAAUCUCCCGGAGAUCGACAAAAAAGAUUGUGUGGGACCAUGGCGCUGUGCCCCUAGUGACGGCUAAUAUAUUGGAGUUGCUCCAUGAUUUUGUGAACCAGUUCCUUUCUGGAGGUUAUAAUGUUUUGAUGCAGUCAAUACGUGAGGAUAUUGAUAGGGAACAUCUUCAGGUUCAGAAGAGUGACAUUGUAAACUUUUUCAAGCUUGCUAAAUUUGUCACUUCUUUUCAGUACCACAAAUCUUUGGCAUCAAAGUCAAAUACCGGAGUAGACAGCUCUACAUCUUACAGCAGCAAUUCCGAAGAUAGCACAAAUUUCAAAGGCAAUAUAUGUGGGCCAAUUGCAGCAUCCAUGAACGAAUCAAUGUUUCUUCUAGUGAUUUCGAGGUGGCGUGAUGCAUUUGAUAGCUUGAAGGAGACGAAGGACUAUGAGUUUCUAGCUGCAUCAGGAUCACUUCUGAAAGCAAUGGUCAAAAUGUUAAAUUUGGUGCUUAAAUUGCAGCCAGAAAAUUCUAGGGAGCCUCAAACUGCUCGCAUUCUCCUUUACAAACUAUUCUAUGACCAGACUGAUCAAGGGAUGACCCAGUUCCUUCUAAAUCUUAUCAAAUCAUUUGAUGAGCACAAACAACCCAGAAGCAACCUUGCAGAUUUGGUAGAAAUGGUUUAUAUGAUUGUCAGGCUUAUGGAGCGACUCCAAGAUCGUGGCACAUUAAGGGUUUCUAAAAAAUCGCGAAAGAGCAGAAAGAGGAAAUUGAGUGACAAAAUUGAAACAGAAAAAAAAGCAGCAACUUUAGGGGAGCAUGCUGCACAGCAGAGAGAGAGAGCGAUAUCUAAUGAUGAACAUUCAGCAAAUGACAAAGAAGGCACACUGCAUGAAAAUCUCAACAGUGAAGGAGGGACGAGUAUGCUUCCUGAGGCUGGUGUCCCUGACAAGCCUGAUACAUCUGCGGCAGAGCUAGAGAAACACGAGGGUGGCCAACUACAAACAGGGAAAUCAGAAUUUCUAAAUGAUUUCGGUGCUGAGACCAGUGAUUCUUCUGAGGAUGAGCAGUCAAUAGCUUGCAAUGAAGUUGAUUUCCAUGUAUCCACCUUGGUAUCAGCUUUCGCAAAUAACAGCAUUAUCCAUAACCUCUGCUGGUUGCUGAAGUUUUACAAGAGCAACUCUGCUGAUACUAACCAUCAUCUCAUAUCCAUCCUGAGGAAGAUUUCAGAUGAUCUCGAGCUCUCCCCAAUGCUAUAUCAGUUAUCUCUCCUGACUAUAUUUCACGAGAUACUGGUCGAGCAGAAGUCUCAUUCAAGCAAGGAUUAUGCGAGCAUAGUAGACUUUCUGACGGAUUUGGUGAGAAGAAUGCUUAGGAAGCUGAAAAAUCAGCCUCUGCUUUUUGUGGAACUUCUUUUCUCAAAGACCCGCAGAGAGUGCCAUCACAUCAAUGCCGAAAACUUAUUGCAUGAGGUUGGCAAUCUAAAGAAACAAAUUGGAAAGGAUGAAAGAGUUUUAAAUGGAGAAACCAGGCCUAUGCAUUCUGCAGGAUGGGUCCAGCGAAGCAUGGCAGAUGCCUUGGGUGAUGAUGAAGCUGAUGUUGUCAUUUCCUAUAAUUUAGGGCCUCAGACAAACGAAAUGCACAGUGAUGAAGCACCAGAAAUAGCCAUUGUUUCAGAUGGUGAUAUUGACAGUGGAAGUAGAGACCCAGGACAUGAAUCUGAACGGGUUCACAAGAAAAGGAAAAGAUUGGUUUUGAACAGUGACCUGGAGACGAAAAUUAGGGAUCUCUAUGACAAAUUCAAAGAUGACCAGCGGUGUAGCCAACUGAUUGCAGAAGCCCUAGAUUCUGAUGGUAAAGUUUCAUCAGCUCAAGUUAUGAACAAGCUUAAGCAGCUAGGAUUAAAAGUCACAGGAAAGAAAAGGAUGCGUUCCCCUUCUUCUGGACGUAAGAAACCUUUAGAAGAGGGAAAUGCAGAGGAAACGGAAAAUGGUUCUCUCAACUCAGAUAAUCUGGCAGAGGCUUCAAAAAGGCACCCUUCGCACACGAGGAAAAGGAUAUCUGCCUUGAGCGAAGAUCAGGAAGCCAGGAUAAGAACUCUAUUUGAGGAGUUCAAGGACCAUAAGAGAUGCAGUUAUAUGAUAGCAAAGGCAUUGGAUGGUGAUAAUGGAACAUUCACAACUGCUCAAAUUUCUCGCAAACUAAAGCAACUUGGGUUACAAGUUCCUAGGCGCGAGAAGACUGGAGAUGGCUUGCAUUUGAGAGACAAGAAUCUUAGUGAUUCUGAUAGUGACAAUCAGGAUUCGGACAAUGAAACACUGCUCUCCCUGAGGCUCAGGGGCAAAUCGUUGGAAAAUAAAGAGUCGCAGAACCAGAAUUUGGGAGGGAAUGAUGACUCUGAUGAGGAACUUCUAAGCUCUAUCUUUCAGAGAAGUCAAGCAUUCCCCAAAAAGCCGAAGAAGGCCAAGAAGUCAAAUAAUGAAGAGCUUACUGCCUCUUCAUCUGGGAGAGGACAAAUAGACGAAAGCUCCGGAGAUGUGAUAACAGAAGAUGUGAUAGAAAGGGAUGGAUCGAACCAGCCCAGUGAUUUAGAAAUUGAAUGCACAGAACAAGCUAUUGGUUUGAGAGAUGUUAUUAACUCUGGAGGCAAUAACGAAGUUCAAAUGACUGAUAGAAUUGCCACUGGCAGGCCUGAAUCACCUAUCGAACCCAUAGGUGCCUCAUCAUCUCAGCAACUGGAAGAUGAGCUGGAUGAUUCAGACGAUGAUUUGUCCCUGGAUGCAUCAGCAGCCCAAGUGUCUAUCAACAGGAGAAGGUUGAGGGUGGUGUUCGAUGCCAAUGACGAGGAUUAACGAUGCAUUUUCUCAUUCUUAUGCGGUUUUUCUGUUCCACAGCAACCUAUAGUACAUAUUAUACCAUCAGAAAAAAGCAUUAGUUUGAACGCUUGCUUCAUUGAAAGACUUAAACCUGUGACUAAUUUCAUUGGACUCACGUAUCUUUACCCUAA